CAAACUUCAGGGUUACUAUCGUGUAUUCCAGUGACCGACUACCGUGGUUUCCUGUGAUCGUUUAAAAAUUUGGGAAAGUUUGCCGAGUUUAAUGGCAAUGGAUUGAAUUUCUGGGCCGGUUUCGUACUUCCGGGACUCUGUUUCCUGUAAAGUUAUCACAUGUUCUGUGGUUGUUAUGGAGUUGUUUAUUAUUAAACAUUUUAAAGAGAACAGAUGCCGAAUUCACUAUUUUUCGUGAUGUGUAUAAAACUAUGGUUAUCGAGCUUAUUACCCCCUAAAUGAGUCCAAGAAAAUGAAUUUCUCAAACGAACAUUAUUUAGGAUGUUUCUCCAAUGUUAUGAUUUGCAUUCUCCUUGCAUGCAUAUACGUAGGAAGCUUAUAUAUUUGGCCAAAUACUCAUGGAAGAGAUCACCCAUCAACUAUAAAAAGACGUUUCCUUAGCGUUUUUAUAAUUUCAUUUUUCUCUGCUGUUGUUGUUUAUAUCUUUGCUGACAGAUCUUACUUUGGAUAUGAUGUCAGUUACUGGUCACUUGUGGGUAUCCAAGCAUCAGGCUUACUUCAAGCUAUAAUAAUACCUUUGUUUCUAACUAUGGUUCUUUUUUUGGGCCCAUUAUCUUUGCAUUAUAACGAUGGUCAAUAUAAUACAUUUUUUGAUUUUAAAGUUUGGAUACAUUGCUUAACUAAUGUUAUAUGGUUAAGAAAUCAUGUGAUAGCUCCUAUUUUUGAAGAAUUCACUUUCAGAGCUUGUAUGUUGCCAAUAUUAGUGCCAUGUUUUGGAAAUAAGACUUCUGUGAUUUUAUGUCCAUUAUUUUUUGGCAUAGCUCAUCUGCAUCUUCUGAAUGAAAAAUUAGCUCGUGGAGCAAGACCUAAAGUAGCCAUUCUACAAUCCUUGUUUCAGCUUGCCUAUACUACAGUGUUUGGUGCUUAUUCAUCUUUUCUCUUUUUAAGAACGGGACAUUUUGCUGCCCCUUCAGUAGCCCAUGCCUUUUGCAACCACAUGGGAUUUCCUGAUUUUGGCCAACUCCUUGCAUUAGAUCAACCAAAACAGUCCAUAAUUAUGAUGUGUUUUGUUGUGGGUCUAUUUCUUUGGAUUAUUCUUUUGAAGCCUCUAACUGAUCCAGAAUUGUAUGGUAACUCAGUAUACUGGCCUGUGAUGUUGUGAUUAGUGUGCUUAUAAAUAUAGGUGCUUAUAUGUUUUUUUUAUAUUUUCAUUGUAAUGUCUAUUAAAGUUUUCUAAUAAAUGUUAAAUAUAUUUUUAUUGCAUAAAAAAUUGCACUUGAAAUAAUAGUGUCUUGAAUAUAUAUACAAUCCCCUUUAUUUUGUUUUAUUAACAUUAUAUGUACAACUUGCUUUGCAAUAUUUUCAUAAAUACUUACUUUUCAAGAUAUACAGAAAGUUUGCCUGUCAUAUAACAGUAAAAAUUAUUUUUCUAAAGUAUUACAGAUAAAUGUGCAAAUACUUAAAAAUUGGAGACUAAAUAUUCAAUAUGGACCCUUAUUCGCAAAAAAAUUUCCGAUUUGAAGUGAAACUUUUAUUUAUUUGUAUGGAAAUUAAAUUCAAAUUAAUCUUUCCAUUGUCUUUUUUAUUUUUGGUGAUUAAAUACGUUGAGAAAAAAAAAUUUUGUUGUUUAAUAAGACUUAAUCUGUGUCAUAUCAAUUGUUUCCUUUUAAAUACUUGAAAAAUUAUGUGUAUCACUACAAGAAGCAGCAGAAUAAUUGCUCAUUAACUACAGAAAAGUAUCUUUGCUUGUUAGCAUUCUAGACAUAUAAAAUAAAAGCCCACAAUAAUUUCAGCAUUUAAAUUAUUCUUAUCAAGUACUCUAUUCUUUUCACUUAAGUUAGUCAUUGUAAUUUUCUCAAACUAUCAGUUCAUCCCGGAUUUUGAAAAACUCAUGCUUUUUUAAAAUAACACAAAAACAUCUGGAAAGUGGAGCCUAGGCUUUUGUGAGAUUUUUGUUUUAAAUCUUAAAUUCACUUUUGUACUUUCAAAACUACUGUAUAUUUUUUUAAAAAAAAAAAUUUUUUUAUGAGAUUUUAAUGCUUUAAAAUUUAUUUAACUAUGUACCUACCUCACAAUACAAUAAAAUAAUUUCAGUGCUUCUGUCUUCAUGUUUGUUGAUUCGGAAAAAAUGGCAGCACAUUAUCAAAAAUUAAUUUUAAUAUUUGUGCCACUUUUGAAGAAUAAGUAAUCAGAAUAAUAACUAAUGAUGUGAUUAAUGAAAAAAAUUUGAAAUAGUACUGAAUUUUGAUUUAAGUUUUAUUAAUAAAAUUCAUCAGUCUUAAA